AUGCCGCGCAACAAAGACCGCCCCGCCGUCGUCUACCCGACCGGCGACCCGGAGUGGAAGAACUACAUGAAGAUGUCGUUCUUCGCCGGCGCGGAGAUGUACGACGUCCACUGCGUGCAAUACAUAGCGAAGAAGCUCGCGUGGCCGAUGGCGCCCGCGGGCCCGGACCGUUCGAAGCUCUCCAAGGGCGCGCUUAAAAGUUUGCAAGACGCGGAAGCUCUUUUCGUUUCGAAACUCUCAGAGGCGAGCGACGACCCGAGCACGCCGACGAUCGAGGACCUCCUCAAGCCCGAGUUGCGAGCGGACUACGUAAAGAACCUCGAGAUGGAUUCCUUUGGGAACGUGGGGGGAUUCUCGCUGUACGUCAAGGCGCCGGGAGAAAGGUUCGAGGUGAAGCACUACCAGAGGCAAGGGAAGCAACUGGACGAACUCGUGGUCAAACACUACGCGGACGAGUCGUUCAAGCCUCUCAUCGACUUUCACCUCCCCGAAACCGCGGGUAAGGUUCUCGCCGCGGAGAUCUCGAAGUGGCCCGGGUGCUACGCCAAGCGUGUGUUCCUUUCCGACGAAGAGAAGCUGAAGCACGGCUUCAAAUGUAAAGCCCCCGUCGCUUUCACGCACGUCGCAAUCUCAAAAGAAGGCGGCAAGGCGUUCAAAAGCGGCGAAGUCAUGGAGCCGACGAAAGCGCAGCUCGCGUGCAAGCGUUUCUACGACGAGCGGUGCGCGGCCGGCACGCCGGGCUUCAGGAUCGCGUUCCGCAUCCCCGACGGUAUCGUCCACAAACCCUUCAACAUUGAAGAGUAUUUGAGAGAGAGGGGUGGGGGCUACGAGGACGACUUCGCGGACUUCCCCGACUUGGCGGACGAGGACACCUCUUCUUCCGGCGACGAGCCCGAGAACGAGAACCCGGAGGCCGUCCCGAGCAAGAAACCGAAGCUCGAGAAGGCAGCGCGGACACGGAAUGAAGGCAGGGUGGACACGGAAUGA